AUGGUGCGGCUUUAUGACAUCAAAUCCAGCAACCCGAACCCGAUCAUGCAGUUUGAAGGGCACACCAACAAUAUCACAGGCGUAGCUUUUCACUGCGAGGGAAAGUGGAUGGUCACCAGCUCAGAAGACAUGACUGUCAGAGUCUGGGAUACAAGAUCUGGUCAGAUCCAGCGCAAUUAUCAACAUACGCACCCUGUCAAUGAUGUGGUCAUUCACCCGAAUCAAGGCGAACUGGUCAGCUGCGACCGAGGUGGAAACAUUCGGAUUUGGGAUCUGGGCGAGAGCAAAUGCACCCACCAGCUUGUCCCCGUGGAAGAUGUCUCCAUGGCCAGUGUAAGUGUAGCUAGCGAUGGCUCUCUCCUUGCAGCUGGAAACAAUCAUGGCGAUGUGUACAUUUGGCGCAUGUAUCAAAACCAUGACUCGACGACUCUUCUGCCCUGCCGUGUCUUCAAAGCUCACAAAGAUUAUCUCACCCGCCUUCUUCUCUCGCCGGACAUCAAGCUCCUCGCAACUUGUAGCGCAGACCACACAGUGCGAAUCUGGAAUAUCGACAUGAACGAAGAGCACCUCGAGGCCAUUCCAGAACCAGCCAGUGACCCCAACACUCCCAACCCAAACCACGACACUAUGUCGCAGAGCCAACACUCUCUCAACGGCAGCACAACCAGCACACACUCGACUCCCAAUCCCGUCAUCUCCGGCACCUUCAGUCCAGACCCGAACUCGCGCUCCACCGGUAGCCUCACCACGCACUCGCUCUCGGCCUCGUCCUUCCGAGCACUCACAGACCUGAUCACGCACCGCCGACCCUUACCAUGCGACACGGUGCUUGACAAUCACCAACGAUGGGUGUGGGAUUGCGCCUUCAGCGCGGACUCGGCGUAUCUUGUGACAGUGUGUAGCGACCACUACGCUCGGCUCUGGGAGCUUAGCACCGCGAGCAUCAUACGCCAAUACAGCGGUCACCACCGCGGCGCCGUCUGCGUGGCUCUGAACGAUUACUCGAACCCGCCAUAG